GCACGUGUAACACACGUGCUAGAUCACGUGCCGUCGAUUAGGGAACAACAGUCGCUAAUUUUCGAAACGUGUACUAACAAAACAACUUCACAAUAGUAAUAAUAAUAGUCUGGUUAAUAUGCGUAGGUGAAAUGUUUUCCACUAUGGAGAACUUGGAUUUGGACGCGGUUAAUAGGCAGUUUUAUUUCGAUGGCAGUUCUUUUAUAAACGGCAACGGGAAUAGUAAUGGGAGUACAACUGGGUCGUCCAACAGUAGUGAUUUGUUUUUGUAUGACGACAAUAGUAGUGACUCGGCUGUUUCCAGUUUUUCGUAUGGCAGUGAUCAAGAAAACAAUUCGGAUUGUAAAGAAAGACUUCAUCGUCACCGACGAAGAGGUAAGUGUCCCCAGCAGCAAAUCCAGCAGCGCCAAGCAGCUAAUCUCCGAGAAAGAAAACGGAUGCAGUCCAUCAACGAUGCUUUCGAAGGUUUGAGGGCGCAUAUCCCUACACUACCCUACGAGAAAAGGCUUUCGAAAGUAGACACGUUGAAACUGGCCAUAGGAUACAUUAACUUUUUGAGCGAGUUGGUGCGAACUGACAAAAAUUCGAACACGGAAUACUUCAAUGGGCAUAACAGGAAUCUCAAGCAGGAUGAGCCGAAAAAAAUCAUUCUUAGAGGUGAGUUUAUUACUAGAUUUUUACUUUAUCAUGGAGAAACAGCCCCGCAAUUCCGUGCAGUGCUUUUUUGCUUGAGUCAAAUGUUCAAAAUUAACUAUUUUCAAAAAUAUAAUCGCAACUAUCAAAAAGUUUGA